UCCACCAGAAUUGGCCACCACCCAAAAAGAUAAUGAAGUCAUUGUCAUACAGCCAGACACCUUCCCAACCUUGCGAGGAGAUGUUGACAUCAUUCCUGUCAUUACUGCAGAGCCAGUUGAGGAGGUCACAGAGAUGGUCCCGCCAGAAACUACUGACUCUGUGACUGAAGAUGCUGACAUCGACGUCACCUCAGAGACCGACGAGACAAUACAGGAGAUAGGAGAGGACGCCACUACCAAAGCUGCCUUUGACGUCAACUCCGAAAAAGCAGUUGAAGUCAUUGCUGAGACUAGUGAUGAGGUUAAUAUGGCUGCUGCUGAGGAAUCAUCCGAUGCUACCUCAGAUGACACUGUGGAGAUCACAUCUGAAUCUAUUGUCACUGUCAUCCACAAGCCCAUUAAUGAGGUAAUUGGGAAAAUGGAUGAGGAAGUUAUCUCAGAUACCACACACAAUACAGUGGAGGAGGCAGAAGAGGCCGCUGCAGAGGUCCCACCAGAAGCUGCCAUUGAGAUCCCUGCAGAGGUCCCUUCAGAAGCUGCUAUCGAUAUGCCUGUUGGGUCCAUAGACAAGGAUAUCCCAGAACCUGAAAUAACAUUUAUUCCAGAAACUUCUUUGGAGGCCAUUUCUGAAACCCCUUCUGAAGCGCCUUCGGAGGCUGCCACAGAAAUCACUUCAGAUACCAUAGACAAGGAGAUCACAGAGGGUGCCACAGAAAUCACUUCAGAUACCAUAGACAAGGAGAUCACAGAGGGUGCCACAGAAAUCACUUCAGAUACAAUAGACAAGGAGACCACAGAGGGUACUACAGAAAUCACUUCAGAUAUCAUAGACAAGGAGAUCACAGAGGGUGCUAUAGAAAUCACAUCAGAUACCAUAGACAAGGAGAUCACAGAGGGCGCUACAGAAAUCACAUCAGAUACCAUAGACAAGGAGAUCACAGAGGGUGCCACAGAAAUCACAUCAGAAACCAUAGACAAGGAGAUCACAGAGGGUGCCACAGAAAUCACAUCAGAAACCAUAGACAAGGAGAUCACAGAGGGUGCCACAGAAACAACUUCAGACACCAUAGAUGAGAAGAUUAAAGAGGCUGCCAUAGAGGUCACUUCAGAUACCACAGAUGAGGAGAUCACAGAAGCUGCGGUAGAAGAAAACGUCACUUUGGAGACCACUUCAGACAUUGCUACCAAGGCAACGUCAGAAGAUACUACAGAUGAGGAUAUUCCAGAGGAUGCAGCAGAAUUAACUCCAGAAGUUUCUCCAGGGGACACUUCAGUGCCUGAAGCUGCCAUGGAAAUCCCUUCAGAGGGUUCAGAUGGAGAUGUUCAGGAGCUCCCCAUGGAGACCACCUCAGAGGCUACAGUAAAUGUUGCCCCAGAAGACACUGAAGAUGAGACCCCUGAGAUUUUAGAGGAAGUUAUCUCAGUCGCCACAACGCAUUUGAUACUCGAGGCUAUGGAGGAGAUCACUCCAGAGAGUGUACUAGAGGAUACUGUAGCCACUACUACUAAUGAAGUGGUAAUAGAAAUUGGUCCUGAGGAAGAAGUCACUCCAGAAACUUCAGUAAAGGCCAUUCCAGAGGAUGUAACAGGGACCACUGAAGAAGCAACAAUAAAGGCUGAAGUCACUCCUGAGGCUGAAGUAGAGAUGAAGGAAGUUAUGGUGGAGGUCACCUCAGAAGCCACUUUGGAGGUCACUCCUGAGGUGGAAGUAGAGGUAUCUCCAGAAUAUGUAGUGGAGGAACCUCCAGAGGCUGAGGAGAUUACAGAAGAAACUGCAGUAGAGGACAAUCCCGAGGUGGAGAUAGAGGUAACUCCAGAGUCUACUGAAGAAGUUCCUGAGGAAGCAGAAGAGGUCCUUUUGGAGACUGCAGUGGAAGACACUCCAGAGGCUGUAGAAGAAAUCCCCCCAGAUACUGUAGAGAUAACUCUGGAAGCUGCUGAAGAGGACUCAACAGAAACUGUAGAAGAAAUAGUUUCAGUGACUCCAGAAGAGAUAACACCAGAACCUUCAGAGGAGGAAAUUCCAGAACCUUCAGAGGAGGAAAUUCCAGAAACUUCAGAGGAGGAAAUUCCAGAACCUUCAGAGGAGGAAACUCCAGAGGCUUCAGAAGAGGUCCCAUCUGAGGCAGUAGACAAGAUCAUUCCAGAAGCUACAGAAGAGGCUUCCAAAAAGACAAUUACUGAAACUACAGAAGAGGCUUCCGAAGAGAUCAUUCUAGAGCCUUCAGAAGCUGCAGCGGAGAUAACCACAGAGGCUGCAGGUGAGUCCACUCCAGAGGCGACACAGGAGGCUGCUGUGGAGAUUACUCAUGAGGUUACCACUGAAACUGGAAUUUUGACGGACACAGAGGAGAACAAUAAUGGCGAUCGUUAUAAGGAUGCAGAGGAGAACAAUAACGGUGAUCGUUAUAGGGUCACAGAAGAAACAAAUGAUGACUUCCUAGGGAUCCAAGAUAUCAUAACAGAGGUGGAAAACACGCUGGGCAAUGAGAUCGAGGACAUCAUGGCGAGGCCGUCCACACCCAUGAAGGAGCAGGUGGUAGAACUCAGCAUCCAGCUGAAGGGAGAGAACUACAACGACGCCCUGAGAGACCCCUCUAGCUUCUACUACCAACGCGUGGCCAAACAUUUCACCCAUAAGAUUGAAGAUGCGUUUGAAAGGUUACCAGGAUUCAAGAAGGUCUUUGUAGUUGAAUUCAGGCCUCAGAAGGACCUCCAAAGGGGUAUCUUGUCUGUGGUAGUCCACUACGCAGUGACUCUGGAAGUGGACGGGGCAGGCAUCAGUAACGAGACCAUGGACUACAUCGACCUCCAGUCCAACGUGGUGGAGAAGUCUUACCGUGACGCCGUUGAACGCCCCACUGUGGUCUACACCAUAACAGACUUCCGAAACUACAUCACUGAAGCCCUGCACAAGGAGAACUUCAUGAGCAACACCACUCUGGAUGUAGACCCUGACUCACUGCAGCUAGAGCGAGUUGAUAACUUGUUUCUGGGAGGGAGACCCACCACCAAACCAGAAGAGUCCAAUGACAUGAUGGACAAUGUUCUGGCUGCUGAGAAACCACCAGAUGCUCCUGGCCAAGACUUGGAUGUCAGCGACAUCUUCCUGAAGAAGGAUGAUUUCCUGUUUCCUGUGGACCCUUUGAAAGGCUCCGGGAGCGUUGUGGCCAGUGAAAAUGAUGUGUUUGUUCUGGAUGCAACCACCUUGCCACCCAGCACCACGGCUGUCCCUGCAGAGAAUAAUGGAAAUAUUGAAGAAGAGGGAUUUCUUCUCAGCAACACUCAGCAAGACUCUGAUACUCCCGGUGGGGAUGGUGUGGUCGGUGCUGGAGGCUCCUCUACCUCCUCCCCUUCACAACCACAGACCACAGAGGCCCCGGUCCCGGCACCUCCCAGAGUAAACCCAGAUUUGGAUGUUGGCUCUGGCUCCGGCUUCUCUGGGGAUGACCAAGGGGCUGACGUCCUCCCAUGGUUUCCCGUGACAACUGAGGAGACAGACUACAUAGAGGAGGAGGAGGAGGAUUCUGUGGUGGGGGAGGUGCAUUUUCCAGAUCCAGAAGAGGAACCAAAGGAGGAAGAGAAGAAGGAUGAGGAGAAGGGGGAAGAGAUCACCGAAUCUGUCCUGACUGAAUCUCCAGAGGAUAUGGGUCCUUUUGAGUCCCAUCCAGAAUCUGCCCCAGUUGAAGAAGAGCCACAAUGGCCUUUCUUGGACAGGCUGCCUGUGACCCAAGACAUUAGUACCCGACCUGACUACACGACCACCGCUGAAGUCCCUGUGUUCUGGACCGCAGAGACCCUGACAGUGGAGCUCUCCAUACAGACGCUGGAGGCCUCUGGGAUUUAUGCCGAUUAUUACCCAAGCGAACCAUUCACCAUCAUAGCACCAGUCACUGAUUAUCCCUAUCCUCAGUUUUACACCACUGAGGCCCUGGUGUUGGAAGGGCCAGCAGCUGAGACCCAUGGUUCUAUUGAGUCACCUACCUUCAUAGACAUGGAGCUGUUCACAGUCAAGGAGUCCAUCUUCGAUAUGAUCACCUCUGAACCACCAGAGAUCGAAGCCUUCACCGACAGACCUUUACUCUUGGUGCCCGAUCCUGAAGAUGAAGAUGGAGAGGAGGAGAUCUUGGAGGAACAGGGGGCGGAGGUCGCAGGGCCAUUGGCCACACUACUCCCAGGCCUUGACAUCUCAGAGGAGGACCUUGCUGAAGAUCAAAUCUUUGUUGUGGCUGCAGGUACAGCAGCCCCGGAAGUCAUAGAGUCUCAUAGCAUCUUAUCCCCCGAGAAGGAAUCUCCCUUCUCUCGUAUAUCUGACUCUGUACCAGAAGAGGAGGAAGCCACACACCAUCCAGCCACCACAGAAAUAGCACCACAUGGUGACAUUGAAAUCUCUGAGACACCUGAAAUUGCCCCAAUAAUCCUACCUCCAUUCUUCCAGCCCACAUUCAGACCCACAGAAAACCUGCCUGAGGCAGCAGAAGAGUCAGAUGUUAGCAUUGAAGAAGGAGAUGUUAGCAUGGCGCUAGCACCCCCUUCCCCAGCUCACGACACAUACGAACUAGAAGUCGGCACUUCAAUCCAAGCGGUUGGAGACUACGCACCAGACUCACCCAUGUCGGAAAUUGACCUCACCUUCAACGUGUAUGACGGAACGAGUCACAUGGACGGGGACAGCAGCGGGUACUCCAGCAUCGCCCACGGAUCAGACGUGGGCAGCAUCGCCAUGGCGAAAAGCCCUGGCAAGGAUCUGAUGGUGUUCUUCAGCCUGAGGGUGACCAACAUGAUGUUCUCUGAGGAUCUCUUCAACAAGAGUUCCACAGAGUACAAAGCCCUGGAACAGAGGUUCCUCGAACUGCUCAUCCCUUACCUGCAGUCUAACCUCAGCAACUUCCAGAACCUGGAGAUCCUGAAUUUCCGUAACGGCAGCAUCGUGGUGAACAGCAGGAUGAAGUUUGGGAAGCCCGUCUCUCUGGGGGUCACCAAUACUGUGUACCUUAUCCUAGAGGACUUUGCUAACUCAGCCUUCCAAACCAUGAACCUCGCCAUAGACAAAUACUCACUGGAUGUGGAAUCAGGCAACCAGGCAAACCCCUGCAAGUUCCAAGCGUGUAAUGAGUAUUCGAUGUGCACGGUGAACCGCUGGUCCGGGGAGGCGGAGUGUGUGUGUGACGCGGGUUACUUCAGCGUGGACGGACUGCCGUGCCAGAGUAUCUGUGACCUGCAGGAGGACUUCUGUCUCAACGAUGGGAAGUGUGAUGUCAUCCCUGGCAAGGGAGCCAUCUGCAGAUGUCGUGUUGGAGAGAAUUGGUGGUACCGCGGGGAACACUGUGAGGAGUAUGUGUCAGAACCUCUGGUGGUGGGCAUCGCCAUAGCGUCGGUGGCUGGCUUCCUAUUGGUGGCCUCAGGGGCAAUCUUCUUCCUGGCCAGGACUCUGAGGGACGGUUAUGACAAAGAGGAUUCAGAGGAUCCCCUACGAGAUCGGGACAGUGUGCCAUCCUUAGAGAGAGCCACCAAGUUCAACCCCAUGUAUGAGAGUGAUGUGGCCACGGCAGAGUACUACAGACGGUACGAAGACGAUGUGCCGCACCACAGUACGGGCAGCGCAGACCCCUCUGUGGACUUCUGCAGUGACGAGAUACUCCAAAUCUACGACAACUCCGAGCUCACCAGAGAGCAAAUUCAGGACCGCCUAAGGAUAAUUGAGUUGUGUGCCAAAGACCGUCAGUUUGCAGACUUUGUACGGCAGCAUCAAGUAGCGCUGGACAGAAGAGCGAGCUCUGAAACAUAGGAAUGCUGGAGAGCCAGCUGAUCACUGUGAACCUCAAGAAACAUGCCUUUGUCUUUGACUUGAGAAAGAGGAAAGUGUCUGCUGUUGCCAUGGUGCUUCUGAUGGACUCUGCAGGAUGACCAGAUGAAGAGGAUGGAUAUUUAAAGAACAUCUUCUCUAUGAGGCGUGAUGUGUUGUGCUGUUGCAACGUGUCACUGACUCUGUUUCUAUGACCUGAUCUUUUUCUAAAGGGGGAGUGCACUGUAAAUACUUUGAUUUUUGUUGUUUCCAUUUUUUUCUUUGGUUAUCACAGCCAUCACCUUAUCCUAUGAGCUAGCCUCCUGCUCAGCUAGCCAUCAAACAUCUAGAUACAGUUACUGUCAAAAGGGUUUGCUGCAUUGCACCUCUUACUUGCACAAAUCUGUGAACAAACAACAAACAGACUUCAAUUGUUUUGUCCUUAGUUAGUUUGGACAUGUGGGUCCCUUCCUACUCUGUUCUCCCUAAUCAUGGUCUUCUUCAGUGCCUUCACUUGGUUUCAGUUAGCAUUGUGGGGUGCUGUGUCCUGAAACGUAAAGCGGCUGCUGGCAGGACCCUUGAAGUUCACUGGAUGUCACUGGAAGGCUACUGUCCUGCAUGGAAACUAACUACUGGUUUAAUCCAUUUUGUUUCCACAUAAUUUCAACCCCCAAAUUCAAUGUGAUGAAGUUGAACUGUUUGGAGUAGAAAAGAGAAAUCAACGUAAGAGAAUUUCAGAUUUUUUUCUCAUAACUUUGAACCUAAAUCCAAUGACUUGGUGACAUUUUUUUGUUGAUUCCACAUUGAAUUCACGUUAGUUGACAACUCAACCAAAUGUAAAUCAAAACUAUAUGUAGAACUGACAUCUGUGCCCAGUGGGUACUGACUGGAUGGCACAGGCUAACGCUAUAUAGCCUCCACUGAAAUGAUCUAAUAUCCUGGUUGCUGUAAUUACUUGAACAUGAUUUUGGCAAAAAGUUGUAGAUAAUCAAUUGUGUAGACAUAAAUUCAUUGUGUAUUUAACUGUUGGAAUGAAUAUAGAUUGAUAUACUGGAAUUGUGAUUGUUAGUUACCCCUUUUGGCCAUAGCCAAUAGCCCAUGAAGACAUGUUUCUCUGAGUUUUCUCAUUUCUCAAAUCUGACAUCUGCUGCUUUGGGUUAGUCCACGUAUCCAUGACGAUCCCAAGCAACCAUGACGAUCCCAAGCCUUUGUAUAUAUCAGGAGUCGACUGUAGUCAUCCACAUGUUUUGAACCCAUUGAAAAAGGGGUUAAAUGUGUACGUUGUCUCUGUUGAUGUGUUUUCUAUGUUUUCUCAUAGUUCAGAGAUUAACGAGACAAUGGGGUUAUGAUCUGUGUUGUGUAUGUUAGACUUACUGAAUGAAAGCCAACAGGCACUUUUUGUAAUAAAAUGUCAAUAUUUUUUACAAUAUUAUAAUGCAUAUGUCAUUUUAUCAAGCAAAUCUAUAUUUAUCAAGCCUUGAUAUCAUUGUACACUGAGUAUACCAAACAUUAGGAACACCUUCCUCAUAUUGACUUGCUGUACAGUAUUGGUUUGUUCUGGGAUGAAAGUAAA